AUGCCACAGUCGGCCCAUCCCCCUAAACGCCGGCGUGCAGUCUUAGCCUGCAAUUCCUGUCGGCACCGGAAAUCCCGCUGCGACGGAGGUCGACCGUGCACACAGUGCAAGGAGCUCGAGUGUGAUUGUGUCUAUCAGGAUGUGGGCACAUCAUACAAUCUGACGGUGGAAAAAAGUGGGGGAAUCAUCUUACGACAUGAGCUUCCUACUGACCGGCAGAACAGUUAUUUGGCCCGACUCGAGCACCGAAUCCUUGCCAUUGAGGCAUCUAUCCGUAGACUGGAGCAUAAUCAAGGUAAUGUUACCCCGUCGGCACCAGCUGAGGGGCCUCUGGUGGCCGAUCUGGCAGUAGGACACGGAAUUGAAUCUACCUCGGCCAAGUCGGACCUCCCGGGACGCUCCUGUCACGCGAUGAGUCUUCCAGGGAGGGCCGAGUUUGAAGAGAUAGAUGCAUCGGAGAACUCAAUUGAUGGGAUGGGCGCCAUCAAUUUUGCAGAUGAAGAGGAUUGUGGAUUUUUCGGCCCGUCAUCCAACAUUGCAUUCAUGCGUCAUAUUUCUCGAGCUAUUGCAAGGGGAAACCCACACGGUGGCCGUGUUCCAUCUAUAUCCUCCCCGGCACCAGCCGGUGGUGGGAUGUUGAACGUGUCAAGAUCUCGUCCUUCCCUGGACGAUCCUCGGGGUAGAAUGCAAAUGGCGAGCGAAAAUGGGAUCAACAUUUUUGCUUUACCCUCUGAGCAACGCACUUGGAGCUUGAUUCAGGUUUAUUUUGAAAAAACUGGACAGCUCCUGCCAUUCAUCCACGAGGCAUCAUUUUGCGAGACAUAUUUUCGAAUGCGCGAAGAGAAUUUCAAACGAGUGCGCCGGACAUGGCUCGGACUGCUUAAUAUUGUUCUGGCUAUUGCCACGAGUCUUCAUACAGAAGGUGACCUACCAACCGGCAAAAGGAUCCAGGAGUCGGAUAUAUACUUCCAGAGAGCGAAUGGACUCUGUGAUAGGGAUUCCAAACGAAAUGCAAGUCUAGAGAUGGUACAGUAUCUAUUGGUCCUGGGUCAAUAUCUUCAAGGGACCCAGAAAUCCGUGCAAGCGUGGACCACGCACGGUCUGGCUAUUUCAGCGGCUUUCCAACUUGGAUUGCAUUCACCCGAGGCCAACCGGCGCUUCUCGCCUGUGGAAAGUGAGAUUCGCAAGCGAACCUGGUUUGGUUGCAUUCUGCUGGACAGAACAUUGAGCAUGACGUUUGGCCGACCUUGUACCAUUCCGGAAACGUACGUGAAGCUGGAGAUGCCUGUCAAAGAUAUGCAGGUUUUGACUAGCACACCAAAAUCCGAAUCCUAUCCUCAAUUGGAUGGCUGGUUCUUCACAGCAGCCAUAAAACUAUACGUUGUGAUGUUCAACGUCCUCGACAACUGCUACUGUCAAAACCUAGGAUUUGAACACCCCUUGACCCCCGCAAACGCAGUGCCUCAAAUCCUUGAGGGCGAGCGUCAGCUUGAGGAAUGGCGUUUUUCAAUUGUGCCUUCUCUCGGUAUCAGACUCUGGCAUGAGCCUUUACUUGCCGAGGAUCUAGUGCAUUUGGACCCAGAAUCCACGAUUCGCCAUCGAUUUGGCAUUGUUCUCUCGGUCCGGUACCAUAACCUACGUAUUCUCCUCUAUCGCAAAUUCCUUGAGUGUUUCUUGGAUACAUACAGUGCCGAUGAUUUGGCUUCCCAAGAAACCAACCUUGUCCACCAGAUGGGCUUCACGGGCGUGCAAAAUUGCAUCGAGUCUGCCAAGUCAAUCAUUUCCACCGUUCAUACCAUCACUUCAUCAGGCGGCUGGCACCGAGGCCUUCUUGGGGCCUGGAAUUAUUCGCUUUAUUACACCUUUAAUGCCGGUCUUGUCAUCUUCGGAGCCCUUCUCGUCUCGUCAAAGGAAAGUCAGUACAGCCCAGACCAAUGGCGCAUGGUUGAAGAUGCCCGGCCAUACCUAGAUCUCGCUGCGGACGCUUUGCGUCAUCUAGAUUCGGGGAAUCUAGUGAUUGAGCGCUGUGUCGAAUAUUUGGCCCAGUUGUCUAUGAUCCUCAACGCCACCACUUCCGGCGAAGCGAGUCACCCCCAUGCUCCUGUCGGUCCUCACAUACCACUGCCUGUCCCGGAGAUACUUUCCACGCACGAUACGGAUGACCCAAUCUGGCCCAAUGUAGAUCUCGGCGAAUUCAUGAUGGAUAAUGAUCUGGACUUGCUAGGCCGCAUGUUCAAUUUCAGUCAAUCCAAUGGCACGGCAAUCUAA